GCGUUUGAUAAACAAUAAGGAGGUCUUAGCCAUGGAGAUAACAACACCAGAGACGGCUAAGAAAAGUAGUGGCACAUUUUCCAAUGAAUGUCUGAAGACCAACCCAGAAAAACCCUUUGAGGAAUCCGGUUGUGUCCAUGUUUGCGAGGUGUGUGGGACAAGCUUUGAGACGAGGAAAGGUCUCUCCAGUCACGCCCGAUCUCAUCUCAGGCAGCUUGGUGUAUAUAGCAGCGGAGCUCCUAUAGACCUCCUGUACCAGCUAAUGAAAGAAAGAGGCGGAACUCUACCCAAGCCCAAAAAUCAGGCCAGCACUGUUAAAAAAUCCAAAGCCCAGUUCCCCAAACUCAAAAAGCACAACAGGCCUAAAAUAAAGAUUAAAAUAUCCAACCUUGUUAAGAAAAAAUAUGCUCUUUCUUCCUCUUCAACCACCGCUGUCAAAAAAUCUGCCAAGUCUGGUCGUUUUCCUUUCGCUCCAAUGAAGCCUGGUAAAGCCUCUUCGAAGGGGACUGCAGGGUCCAAAGUAUCCAAAUCCAAGUCCGGCAAUGAGGCGGUGAAGUCUCGGCUUGAUGAUGGCGGUCCGUCUACCUCCCUCCCAUUGGCCUCACCCAAACCCCUCUGGGCACCUCAGGAAACAGAUGCUCCACUUAAUUUAACAACCAUGAUAAAUUCCACAGCAGCAAGGGAUGAUGUUCAUGUGUGUGAAUUGUGCGGAGCAUGGUACGAGACCCGCAAGGGUCUUUCCAGUCACGCCCGGGCCCACUUGCGGCAGUUCGGCGUGGCAUUGGACCCCAAAUGUGGUCCCAUAGAGCUUCUCCAUAAUAUCAUUCAGACUGAGGAAUUCCAGGAAAAGUUGAGCGCCGAGCAACAGGAGGAGACGUCCGUUCUUGAGAACUGUACAUCAACCCCUUCCAUUUCAUUAUCCAUUCCCAAAAAUCCAUCUCUUUCCCCUAAAAAACACCUCCCCUGUGUGACACCUCCGCCACCAAAAAAGCUGAAAAUGUUCCCUGAUGGAGCUGGAAGCUUGACCGACGGUGGAAAAACGGAUUUGAAAGCACCCUCUCAAGGAGAAACAUCUAAAAGCAUCUCCUGUGAGUUCUGCCACGAGAAGUUCAAGAAGAAUCAAAGCCUGGCCAGCCAUGCCCGCGGUCACCUGCGUCAACUGGGCAUCACUGAGUGGACUGUCAACGGAUCCCCCAUGGCAACCCUGCGCACGGUGAUGGCCCAGCGUGGCGCUUCUUCUGGUUCGCUUAAAGCCCCCGAGCCCCUCGCGCCUUCUACGCCUACGUCACCCUCUGGGCCGCCCACUGUACCCCAUCUCCCCUCAUCUCCUAAAGUCAUUACCCAGUCUUCGUCUCUUCCUGUGCGUCUCAAAGUUCCAAAGGCCCGGAAAGGCUCUAGGACUGUGUUUCCUAAACCAAAGAAUGAGCCAUUGGAAGUCGAUAUCUCUAUCGUAGGGUCUCCCAAGCCACAGAGUGAACCCAUGUCUCCAUUAUCACCUCAGAAGAUGUCUGCUCCCACCACUGUUAAAAGCCCGGUAACACCCCCCAAACUUGAGAAGCAGGACCUCGCACAGUUUGUGUUCUGUGACUACUGCGGUGCGAUGUUUGAAACACGUAAAGCCCUCUCCUGUCACGCACGCGCUCACUUACGACAGAUGGGCGUGAAGUACUCAGAGAAAGUCUCGGCCAUCGACGCCCUGCGGGAGCUCAUGCAGAGGGAGGGCAACGAUCGGGCAUCCGACGUCAAACCUGAAUCCUACACUGGGGCGGCAGUGCAGUGGAAAAAAACAGCCUCCUCACCCCGCACUGUUACACCGUCACCUGUGGACUUCACGAAAGACAAAGCUGCCCCAGACGUCACAACUCCAGGCUUUUCUGAUGCCACGUGUGAACUGUGUGGUUUUGAUUUUGAAAAUCGAAAGGCCCUGGCCAGCCAUGCCAGAGCCCACCUCAGGCACGUGGGUGUGGAUUGGAAGGUCAUCGGUUCUCCUAUCGAGACCCUGGCGGCCUGGAUGAAAAACGAACCAAAAAAGGUGGCAGAUCUUCACAAACGCUACUCAAAGGGUGAUCUGCCAUUGGUUAAAAAGGGCCCCAGAAAACCCCCAUCUGCAAAUCAUUCAUCAGACUCUGAGUCUGUCCGUAUGGGUUCCCCCAAAGCUUCAUCAGGUGCUCGAGUCUCAGCAGGUCAGCCUCCGGUAUCUCCACCUUCCAAAGCAGCUUUGGUACCAGAAGCAGGUAGAGAGAUCAAAGCAGGCAUGAGCCACUCCUCGUUUUCACAACGGAAACGUCCCUCAUCGGGUGAACCUCCACUGUCCAGCCUGAUCCAGAGCCCUGCGGCCCACAGUGGACUAAACGUUCGUUCGCCUAGAGGGUUUGAACGGCGUCCUUCAAAGCAUUUUUCCCACACGGAGAAGAUAUCAGAGGAGACAGAGCCUUCGAAACCCUCACGGGCUGGAAACAUUCCAUCCUUGGUUCCCAGACCACCAGAAACCAGACUAGUAAAGCUGGUAGGGAAGGUGUACUCUCUCAAAUGCAGGUUCUGUGAGGAGGUUUUUCAUGGACCUCUGUCCAUACAGGAAGACUGGGUUAUGCAUCUACAGCAACACAUCCUCAAGCUGAAAAAGGAUUCAACCUCAUCACCUCAGUCGAGUCGAAGGCGGGACACUGUAGAGCCUUCUUUAAAUCGUACAGAAGCAACACUUCUUAUUGGCCCUCAGGCUGUAUAGAUGACCUUUCUACUGUGCUCUUUCUUACCAUAAGUUACACUACACUGACUUUAUUGCAAAAAUGGCUUUAUUACCUGGACCUUUUUAUUUGAAAAUUUCAUACAAUUUUAGAGACCAUGACCGCAGCCUUUUUCGACCUUUAGAGAGAUUUACUAUGAUGUCUUGAAUGUAUUUUACUAUUUGUAUUUGCAUUAUGCUCUUUAUAAUGUGUUAUAACAUUUUAGCUCUUACCUUUCUUGGUUUACAAGAUUUCAGAUAUGUUGUUUUAUACAAUACUUUUGGAAAGUUUGCAUACUAGUUUAGUUUUAAACAAGGUUUUAUUGUUUUAUAAGCACAAUGAAACGUAUAGAUCGUUUAGUCAUUAAAAUUUGUUUCAGUUACAGAACUGUGAAUUACAGAGGUUUUACAAUCUCAAACAAGAUGGAUUACAGAUUUUCAUGUGUAUGCAUUGAUAAAAAUAGUUUCAGGAUUUUUACAAGUAAAGCCGUUGAUCGUUGUAUUAAAUGACAGUUUAACGAAACAUGUUUUGGGGUUCAGUUUAUACAUCAUGAUCCUGUUAUUUGUAUUUGUGGUUGAUUUCCACAUACAGUAUUACUUUUGUGUAAUAUAUUAGAAUUUCUUCCACAAAUUCCUUUGUCUUGUGCCAAAGUUUUAAAUAAGACAAUAGCACUACAAUCAAAACUUUA